UUGAGCCCUUAAUCCUGCAACGUAGCAUAAAACCUGGUGUUAAGCGCGUUGCUCGAAAACCCAUUUCAAUGGCGGGAAGAAUCUUAAUCAGAGCUUCUGCAUUUCGCCGGUUGAUUUCAACCUCAAUUCUUACCUCCUCGUUUCAGAGAAUCCACCAUGUUGUUUCAGCUAAAGCAGCUUCCACCUUCUCCAAUCAUCUCAAAAUUUCCCCGAAUCAACCUGAUCUCUUACACAAGAUUGGAUUCACGCAAUCCCAAAUCAGCAAUUUCCUUUCGAAGAAUCAUCUCUUCUUGACGAAUUCCAAUUUGCUGGACAUUGAAGCUUCUGUUGCGGUUCUUUUAUCCUUCAAAAUUCUCCCGAGGGAUCUCGUUUCCAUGGCGAUCGACUGUCCUGCGGUUCUGGACUUGGAGUUUCUGAGGAAAUGGGAGGCAAGUUUGUCGUUAAUUGAAUUACGCAAUGUUUCUGUAUUGAUGAUUCGGAGUAUGCUGGUGUUAUCUAAACGGUUUCAGCUGGAUUCGUGUAUUUUUAUUACAACUGUAGAUUUACUGAAACGUUUAGGGCUUAGUGAUGCUACUGUGACUAGGGUUUUAGAGGAUUACCCUGAAAUAGUGUUCUCGAACGAGGAAGAAAUCUUGCGAACGAUUGAAUUUCUGAUGGGAAUUGGAAUUCGAAGGGGUGAAAUUGAUCGGAUCAUUUGUUUGAUUCCCAAAGUUCUAGGAUUUAGGGUUGAUGGAAGAUUGAAGAGUUUGAUUGGUGAGUUCAACGAGUUGGGGUUUGAUCAAAACGUGAUUGUAAGAGAAAUUGUCAGGGAACCGAGAAUUUUAGCCACCGAAUUAGGAGAAAUUUCAAGGUGCCUCGAGUUGCUUAGCAAUCUGAAAUGCAGGAACUCAAUCAAGGAGAAAAUCUUUAGAGACGGUGCUUUAAGAGCUGCAUUUGAAGUGAAACAGAGAGUUGAUUGUUUAUGUAAACAUGGGCUGAUUCGUACAGGAGCAUUUAAAUUGCUGUGGAAAGAACCGAGGUUGAUCACUUACGAAUUAGAGAACAUUGAAAAGAAAAUUGACUUCUUGACCCAUAAGAUGAAAUUUGGUGUUGACUGUUUGAUGGAUGUUCCAGAAUAUCUGGGAAUCAAUUUCGAAAAACAGAUUGUUCCUCGCUACCAUGUGAUUGAAUAUUUGGAAUCAAAAGGAUGGCUUGGUUCUCAGGUUGGAUUGAGGGAAAUUAUCAAGCCUAGCAGGCUCAGGUUCUACAACCUUUUUGUUAAGCCUUAUCCAGAAUGUGGGAAGAUGUUUGGGAAAUUUGUAGGAGAUAACAAAAUGAAGAGCCCAAGGCGGCAUCCUAUUGGACUAUGGAAGGUCUUCAAACCACAAAAACAUCCAGAAUCGAAAGAGGAUACUAAAAACAUGAAGUCGUUCAUGGAAUCUUUUAUUUAGAUGAAAGCUUGGUAAGAAGGAAGAACAAGGGAUCAUCUGGUAACGGGAAGGCAGCGAAUCAAGCAGAUAUAUGGUGUACUCAAAGGUUCGAAGCAAAUGACAGGACCUUGAGCUAGAUCUUGUUAAAUUUUGCGCCAUGAUUGAAUCAAGCAAAUAUAUGGUGGAGAUGACAGGACCCCCGAGCGAGAUCUUGAUGGACCGUGCAAAGUGUCUGAAUAACAUGGUUUGGUAAAACACGUUCAAGUUUUCGUAAGUCGAUGACUUCCUCAUGGUGUAGUUCUUGUUGGAUCUUGGAUUUACACCGCUGCAAGCCAUCAAUGCAGAACCCUGAAAGAAUGUGGUUGGGAUGGAUGAUCAAACCUGCAUCAUUCUUAAUGCGGAUGAACUACUUUAUAAGUGAGCAUCAUAUCCCAUCAUAACUUUGAUUACCAAUUCAACCUCACAACACGGAAUAAAUCUCAAACUUCUGAUGUCAUUCCUAACAUCUCACUCUGUAACACACAUUCCUAACUACAAGCUUGCUGCAGAGUUUUCUCUAAUAUCGGCACAUUUUUACACUCUACUCAACAAAACUAAACAACGGAAAUCGUGAAUUAGAACACUCCAAAUCCAAUAUUAAAGAACAAGGGAUGAGCAUCUGGCAGGCGGGAGGAAGAAGAAUCGAUUCAACUGUUUCAGUUGGACCGGUUUGACCUGAUUACCGUUUUUUGAGUCAAUUUCAACCAUAUUGAUGUUUUAUAUGAUGUUUAGGGCCUACUUAGCAGGUUUUGGAGAAUUUAAAGGAGGAAAAGAUUCAAAUUUUUCUAGAAACAAGAAUUAAUCGAGGUAAGUGGCUAACUGGAAAUUCUAUUUGAGUUUUACCUUGUAGGAUGAAUCUUUUAAUGAAUUGAAUUUAUGCCUAAAAUAUGGUUGCACUGAUUGAAUUUAGUUUGUUGAAGCAUGAUAAAUGAUUGAUAUCAUGUUGAGGUGCUUGAUAUAUACCAUGUGAGUUUAUAAAAUUGGAAGCAUGUUAUGAUGUUCAGUUAUUCAAUUUACAACACUCUUGAUUCAUAUUAUUGGCCUCAUUAUCAAGUUACUAUGCGAGAAUUGCUGGGGCUUAGUGAACUAAAUCUCUAAUAGGUCCCCAUAAUGGGACCAAUUAUGAUUAUACCAUGUGGGGACUAUCAACUGGUCGUCGGUUAGUUUUCAUAGUGAACUACCUUGGUAGACAUGAUCUUUAUUAUAAUAGAUUGUGUUGCAUGAUAUAGCGUUGUGUUCUUGUGUUCUAGAUUUGAAUAGUGUCAUGAGGUUAUUAUAUGGGGAUUAUUUCAAGGAUCUCCAACUAUCUAAUAGUGAACCUGAAGUGAGAUAGAGAUUUGCACAAUAUUAAAAUAGUCAAAAGAUAAAAGGGUCAUUGUCACAUGAUUGUGACUAUGUGGGGGUUGCUAGAGAGUCGUAACUAAUCUCUAGUAGUUAACAAUCCAUGGUCUAUAUAUGUCCUAGAUUGGGUUAUUCAAGAGGUCGUGUCUCACCUGUUUACAUGUGUAUGUAUGAUCGAAAUCGAUAUCAGAGUAUAAUAAAGAGCCUAGUUAGAUAGCUAAACCUUGGUGAAGUCAAUUAUUGUGAUAAUGUGAUAUAUUACAUGACACUAGUUGGAUAAUGUGAACUCAAUCAUUGAGAUGAACUUAGAGAAGUCCGAUCAGGGAUUCAAUGAUAUAAAGAAUUUGAGCAAGAUUGAUAGCUACUUGGAAACAACAAGUGAGCUAUUUACUGAAUAUUUUUAUACUUAUUCGUGUUACUUUUCUUUUAAGAUGGUACAGUAGCCUAUUUGGUUGAUGACAAGGGCGAUUUAGAAUUGUAAAGCUAUGGAGUUAUAUUUGUUCUAAGUCGUUGAGUAAAUCUUAGAGCUUUUAGUUGUAUAAAUUACGUUGCAUCGUGCAAAUUAUCAUUUC